UUUUCAAAAGAGCUGGACGCGCAGAUCAUGAUGCGUCUGGGCACGCCAUCCUCCUUAGUAGCAGCAGCACAAGGUUUCGCAGCGUCUGCCAGCUCCGUUGCACGUCGUUCAGUCGUGCGCCCACGUGGUGCUCUCGUUGGGCGGAGAUGCUAGUUUCCUCGCCCUCGCCCUCCGCCCUUCGCCCUUCCUCCUCUCCUUCCUCGCGCCCCCCUCGUUCUUCUUCUUUCUCCUCUCCCUCCUUUCCUCGUCCCCCGGUCGCCUCUGCCUCGUCCACCGCCGCCGUUCCGACGACCGCCGCGCCGGGAUACCAUCACCACCCGCAUCAGCACUAUGAGCCUGCCACCCACCCAACUGCUGCAUCGUCUGGUAGUCCUCUCUCUCGGCGCUCCUCCCGCGUGGCCAUCGAAGAGCUUCGAUCGGCCCUAACUCGCCACACCGUUGCUUCUACGUCCUCCGGACCCUCAGGGGAUCUCCCGGGCGGCCGAUCCGCUGGGCUGACCACCCUUGGGGGCGGAACUAUCGCCUCGUCGAACGCUGCAGGUCACACUGACACCGUCGUCCCCUGUCCUCAACCUCCCUGUUCUUCCGACCGUCCGACCAAUAACGGUGCCGCUCCCCAUCCCUCCGCUCCCGACUCCGCCGCUCCAUCAUCUUCCGAUCCCCCAAUGACCGCCCCCGUUCGCAACGGCGCAGGGAAUAGCGCAGGGUCCAACAAGCGUAACAGCCCCAAUGACCCCGUUGCUAAUGGCGCGCACACGGCCGGCCUGGCUGGCUCCGACCUCGAAGGCUCGCAGACCAAGCGGUUGCGACCGAGCAAACCCGCCGUCAAGGUGCUCCCCGCCCAGUAUGAGGAGGCGGAUCCGCGGGACAUUGUGAUCUUGAUCUCUAGCAUGCUCAUGGAGCUGAUCCGGUUUAACGAUAAGAUCCCUCUGCACCAGGGCCGACUGACGCGAUUUCAUUCCCGGACGCCCCCGCGGAUAUCCGUCCAGGAUUACCUGCAGCGACUUGCCACCCACGCGACGCUUUCGCCACCCAUUCUAUUAAGCAUGGUAUAUUAUAUUGAUCGACUGUGCGCGCUUUAUCCUUCCUUCACCGUCUCCAGCCUCACCAUCCAUCGAUUCCUCAUCGCCAGCGCCACCGUUGCCAGUAAGGGACUGAGCGACAGCUUUUGGACGAAUAAAACGUAUGCUCGCGUUGGAGGAAUCAGUAUGACGGAACUGGCGCUCCUCGAAUUGGAGUUUCUGUUCCGCGUAGAGUGGCGCAUUGUCCCUCAACCCGAGGUGCUGGUGGACUAUUACCAAAGUUUGGUGGAGCGUUGCGAGGGAUUCGAAAUCCAGCGCGACGGUUAAAAAAAAAUAUCUUCUAUCUUCUAUCUUCAUUCUCAUUGUUGUUUCCCCACGACGGAGUUCAUUUCUUUUUAAUAUUUCGAUUUAUGGGGUGGACCAUCUGCACGGAGGACCAACCCCGCUUCUCCGCGAUUUAUCGAAAGAUGCCCCUCCCCCUUUCCCCCUUGUCACAGUACAUAUCUUGCAUAAGACAGGCCACGGAGUUGAUGCUGUGUAUACAUACAACACAAGAAACGCGGCCCAGUGCCCCCGUUGGGUUGAUUAUAGACAUUCCAUUUCUCCCGUUUGAGCUUCUCAUCUCCAUUGCUUUGGGCUUUCAUGUGCCUCAACAGUCGGUGCAUUUACGGAUGACUGGCUUUUGGGGCGUGUACAUAAUUCCAUUAAACAUCUACAUAUCUAUCGGUG